AUGACUGUGCCACGCGUGCACGGUGAGGAGGGCAGCAGCCGGCACCGGCUCCUGGAGCUGCCCGUGAAGCGCCUGCCCAGGGCCGCCUGUGCUGGAGUCCUUUAUAACAGCGCCUGCCCAGGGCCGCCCGUGCCGGAGCGCUUUAUAACAGCACAGGGCAUGUUGUGCGUCACCCAGCUACCUGUGUCUGUCCACACCUCCAGCGCAAAUCCCAGCUCUGCAUCCACGCUGAGCACCGCUGAGGCCAGCACAGCUACCAGCUCCACAUCGGCCUCUACGCCAAGUGGUUACAGCACAGGCCCCAGCCCUUCAUCCGCCCCAGUCACCGCUGAGGCCAGCACAGGCUCUGACCCUUCAUCCACCCCAGUCACCGCUGGGACCAUCACAGGCUCUGACCCUUCAUCCACCCCGACCUCAUCUGUGACCAUCACAGGCUCUGACCCUUCAUCCACCCCAAUCACCGCUGGGACCAUCACAGGCUCUGACCCUCCAUCCACCCCAAUCACCGCUGGGACCAUCACAGGCUCUGACCCUCCAUCCACCCCGACCUCAUCUGUGACCAUCACAGGCUCUGACCCUUCAUCCACCCCGACCUCAUCUGCGACCAUCACAGGCUCUGACCCUUCAUCCACCCCGACCUCAUCUGUGACCAUCACAGGCUCUGACCCUUCAUCCACCCCGACCUCAUCUGCAACCAUCACAGGCUCUGACCCUUCAUCCACCCCGACCACCACUGCAACCAUCACAGGCUCUGACCCCUCAUCCACCCCAACCUCAUCUGCGACCAUCACAGGCUCCAGCCCUUCAUCCACCCCGACCUCAUCUGCGACCACCACAGGCUCUGACCCUUCAUCCACCCCGACCUCAUCUGCAACCAUCACAGGCUCUGACCCUUCCUCCACCCCGACCACCGCUGGGACCAGCACAGGCUCUGACCCUUCAUCCUCCCCGACCUCAUCUGCAACCAGCACAGGCUCCAGUCCUUCAUCCACCCCGACCUCAUCUGCGACCACCACAGGCUCUGACCCUUCAUCCACCCCGACCUCAUCUGCAACCAUCACAGGCUCUGACCCUUCCUCCACCCCGACCUCAUCUGCGACCAGCACAGGCUCUGACCCCUCUUCCACCCCGACCACCGCUGGGACCAGCACAGGCUCUGACCCUUCAUCCUCCCCGACCACCACUGGGACCAGCACAGGCUCCAGCCCUUCCUCCACCCCGGCCACCACUGCGACCAGCACAGGCUCCAGCUCGGGCCUGCGUCCCGGCAGCAGCUCUAGCCUGACAGUUUCAGCAGGAACACACAGCACCUCCAUCCACACGGACACCAUUGCUGCGACUCCAGAGAUGGAGGAGAAGUCCAGGGGGUCCCUGAAGCCUUGGGAAAUCUUCCUCAUAACCCUGGCAUCUGUCGUUAUGGUUCUGGGGCUCUGUGCUGGGCUCUUCUUUUAUGUGAGAAGAUACCUGUCUCUGAGAAAUGCCGUCGACGCUGGCAUAUCGCUCUACAACUGCCACUAUAGUCCUGAAGCACCCCACACGCUUCCGGGGAGUCCUGCCUGGUCCUAGGGAUCUUAGUCUUCAAGGCCACGGAGAUGAGUGGGAGAUAACCACCGCUCCUGCUGUGAAGCCAGGGCUGCCUCCUUCAGGGGGAGCCGAGCCACUGCCGCCGCCCCUUCUGCAU